GUCAUAUUCCUAUAGUAAGCUCGGAGUGAACAGGCUCAAACAGCCUGACCCACGCAGCAGAGCGCAUGUCUGAGGUCUGAACCCACGUUUAACUCCGAGAACUUUCUCAGCGAGUUAUGCACCUGCAACAACUUCCCUCACCGUCCGCAGUGUCCGACAAACCGGCGAGUGCGGACUAUGUUUUUACGCACAUCGUCGCCGCCGGGGACACCCUGGAGAACGAGCCACCGUUGAAAAGACUCUCCACCGGGAUGAGAAACCCCUCAAACGCUCUGGACUACGUCUCCGCGGCACGGGAUGACCGUGAAAGUGCGGACAAGUGUGAUUUGCCUGAAUCAAGCCAAGCCCGCGUGGAUUUCGCCUUCUCUUCUGCUAUGUUCGCGUAUUCGGGGCAGCCUUUGCCCGCGCUCCCGCCACUCUCCGGUCCCUACAUGACACCUCACCCGGUCAUCAGCAACGGGCCGUACAAUGGGCUGAGCUAUGCGUACUCCCAGCAGUACGGACAAACUUACCCAAACACCGCCGUCUAUCCUGGAAAAGCCCAGGUUUACCUCUGUAACCGCGCGCUGUGGUUCAAAUUCCACAGACACCAAACAGAAAUGAUCGUUACCAAACAGGGGCGCCGGAUGUUUCCGUUUCUAAGUGUUAGUGUUGCUGGUCUUGACCCGACGUGCCAUUAUAAUAUUGUUGUGGAUGUGAUUCUGUCGGAUCCGAACCACUGGAGGUUUCAGGGCGGAAAAUGGAUUCCCUGCGGCAAAGCGGACACUAAUGUUACGGGAAACCGAGUAUACAUGCACCCGGACUCUCCAAACACCGGCGCGCACUGGAUGCGUCAGGAGAUCUCGUUUGGAAAACUGAAGCUGACGAACAACAAGGGAGCUUCCAGCAACUCUACCCAAAUGAUCGUCCUACAGUCUCUCCAUAAGUAUCAGCCGAGGGUGCAUGUGAUUGAAAUAAACAAGAGUGGAGAGGAAGAGACGAGUGAUCCCGAUCGAGUACAGACAUUUACUUUUCCCGAAACACAAUUUAUAACGGUCACAGCUUACCAGAACACAGACAUAACACAACUAAAAAUUGAUCACAAUCCAUUUGCUAAAGGAUUUCGGGAUAAUUAUGAUAAAAGUUACAGUGGCUCUGACGCUGACCGAUUGACCCCUACACUCGGUGGCUCUCCACAAUCUCAGAUGCUGCCUGGCUCGCAGUAUGCAAUGACAAGCACUUUAUUUCAGGAGCAGUUUGUCAACAGUUACACAAAGUCCUGUUUUCCAACUCUUACCCCUGACCCUGGCCUUGCAACCUCAAACCAAUCCCAAGAGAGCAGCUUGGCCUCCGGGCAGCACUGGCUUGUGUCUUCCACUGCUGCUCCAUUAUACGAAACCGAUAUUAACACAGCAGCUCUGCUCUCUUACGCCACAGCGGGGGUCAAAGGUCUGCCUUUCACUGGUGGCACUAGUACAAGUCUGGAUUACUACACUAGUUCCGCUGGAUGGGAUUCACAGGGUUCGCUAGAGAACAGCAGUAAAACCAGCUCAAUACUGCCUGGUUGGGUUCUAGAUGCAGGUCUUGAAAGAUCAACACGAUCGAAUUACAUGCCUGAGGAUGGAGAUAGGUUGGAAAUAGACCGGUCAGCUCUUGGAGUUUCUAAGGAGCUGGAAGGUGAAGAUGCCACGGAUUCGACAUGGACCGAAACUCAGUCUUCCAUUAAAUCUGUCGAUUCCAGGAUUUCGGAGGAGGCUCAACUGAAAAAUCCUUCUAUCAGUCCAGUUUCAGACGUUCAGACUGCGAAAGACAUGCAGAACAGGGUCAAAAAUGGGAUUAAAGAAUCUGACUUUUUUCAUUUCGACACUCAAACAUAAACCUGCCUGGGCUGUGUGCGCAAUUAAAAUGUUGUUAAUAUGGAAAUAGCAUUAUGAUGAUGAUUUAUGUAUACAGCAUUUAUUUAUUUCCAUGUUACACUGCACCAUUGAAGAUGAAUGAGAACUGACAUCCCCAACUAUCUAAACACGCUGUAUUUG